AUGGCAGAUCCCGAUUGUGACUUCACGACUGGUGAGUCCGGCGCCUCCGCCACCAUCCCGAUGCAGUGCUCCGCCCUGCGUAAGAACGGGUACGUGGUGCUGAAGGGACGUCCCUGCAAAAUCGUGGAGAUGUCCACCUCCAAGACCGGCAAGCACGGACACGCCAAGGUAACGGACUAUCCUGGUCCAAGCUGGCACAGGGGUCGCUACCCGGGGGUUCUCAGGGUUGCCAGGUCUGAGGGAGACCUGGGUCUGAGGGAGUCAGACCUGGCAACCCGGCUCUCAGAUGAGGGGCAACCGCGGGGUUCCAGGGGAGGGAAAACCCUGAGAAUACCUAAGAAUAGUUAA